AACUAAUACUUUCCACAGCUUUCAUGCAUGCAUGCAUGUCAAGAUGUUUACAAGGGGGGAUGCUGAGGCUUACACGGGGCCCUUGAAUGCAUCAUUGUGUUUUCUCAGAGCUUCCCAGUGAACAGUUAAUGUCUCUGUUGGCCGUCCUCUUCCUUCUCCUCCCACACAGCCAAACCAAUACAAACAUUUCUGUACAGUAAGAAGACUCUCAAAACUACCCGUCCUUCUUAGGGCACCUACAGGAACACUACGCCGGGAGAAGAAGAACAAUAUAUAGAGAUAGAUAGAUAGAUAUAGAGAGAGAGAUGGCGCAGACCGAUAGCCAAAGUUCACAUUUCGGAGAGAUAGUGGAGCUGAACGUGGGCGGGCAGGUAUAUGUGACCCGGCUCGAAACUCUCACGGCGGUGCCCAACUCUCUCCUGUGGACCAAGUUCACCCAGAGUUCCCCGGGCGACCUGCCCAAAGACGGCAAGGGCCGCUUCUUCUUCGACCGGGACGGCUUUCUGUUCCGCUACAUUUUGGAUUACUUGCGCGACUCCGAGCUCUUCCUGCCGGAGUACUUCAAGGAGAGGCGCAGGCUGCAGAAAGAGGCGGACUUCUUCCAGCUGCCGGAGCUGUCCGUGCGCCUGGCGACGGGCAGCAAAGACAGCUUGUGCGCGGCGGAGGACAGCUGCAGCGGGGAGCCGGAGGACGCCGAGCUCACCAGCCCGGUCACCACCACCACCUCCACCUCCUCCUCCUCCUCGUCCUCCUCGGACAGGACGCCGCGCUCUCCGGGGGGCAACGCCGGCUACAUCACCGUCGGGUACCGGGGCAGCUACACCAUCGGGAGGGACAUCCAGGCGGACGCAAAGUUCCGCAGGGUCGCCAGAAUCACCGUCUGCAGCAAGAUCUCUCUGGCUAAAGAGGUCUUCGGGGAGACCCUGAAUGAGAGUCGCGACCCGGACCGCCCGCCUGACAAGUACACCGCCCGGUACUACCUGAAGUAUAACUUUCUGGAGCAGGCGUUUGACCGGCUGGCCGAGGUGGGUUUCCACAUGGUGGCCUGCAACUCCACGGGGACCUGCUCGUACGGCAGCAACGACCCGGGGGAGGACAAACUGUGGACCAGUUACACCGAGUAUGUGUUCUCCCGGUGAGGCGGGAACUCUCUGCUCUGAGACUCAUUGGCCGACACUUGGAGCAAACAUCUUCCUACUUUAGUUGUUACUUUUAAUGAGCUCUCCAAACUGUCUAGUGUCAGUUUCUUGUGUUUUUUUCUCACUCUGUGCCCUGCGCAGUGGGAUCAGCCACAGUUGACAUUUUCUGCCAUUUUCUGCCAUUUUCUCCUUCUGUUCUGCAAGCAGAAGACUUCCUCCAAAACCCAAACAUAUAUCUCAUUGGUUAGUAAGGAGGGAGACUAAGUACUUUUUUUUUUUUAACGUCACUGGGUCCUUAGCUGUGUUAUUUUUGUGGCCUGGUUAUUCUUUGUAGCUUUUUACAGAGACUGAUUUGUAAAAGUAAAUGAGUGUUUACUGGCAGGGAUGUUCGAACCUGGUUUUAUUGAUCCUUACUGAGCCGCUACUUGUGAUCUGAACACAUUAAAUAUAAGACAUAAAUACUGUAAAUAGCCUACUGUUCAAAUAGUCUUUAAUUUUGGUUGAUUGAUAAGGAAGACAUUAAGUUGCUUCCUUGUAUGAUACUUACAUUUUUUUUUAAUUAAUUAACUUUUUUUUGUUGCCUAUUUUGAUUAUGUUAACCACAGUAUCACUGCUUUCAAGAUUACGCAUCUGGACUUCUUAACAAUGCUUCAUUGCUAUGUACCAUCUAUGAGCUGUUGUCUUUGUUUUCUCUUUAGAUAUAAGACCACAGCAAAUAAAGUGAGACAAUGUAACACUAUACACCCCGUCGUACUUGUGAGUUCACUGUGAGAACGUAUUUAAGAUGUAUGUCUUAUGUCUUAAAGCAUUGAUGCUUAUUUUCUUGCAAGUAAGCACAAACAUUUUUAUUUCUUCUCAAAUUGACAGUGUUCUUGGUGAUUCCUCUGUGGAGGCAUUGUAGAAGUUUACAAGACCAUCUUAUCUAGGCUCUUCCAUAGAAAAUUAGUAUUAUAUCAGAGAUCAAAUCUGCCCCCUAC